AUAUUGCAGAAAUGUAUAUAAAGCCUUUAAACCCUAAACCCUAGCAGAGGAGAACCAAACGACACUGAAAAAAGGUCUGCUUCGAACCUCAAAACAACACAGCAGAGAGAGAAUCGAUUCAAGACCUGUCCGAUUUCAGACAGUUUCUGGGUUGCAAAUUAAUUUAGCUGAAAGUUUGUGUUGAGGUUCGAAUGGCGAUUGAUGGAAGUUCUCGUCUUAAAUUUGAGCUCAAGAGGUUUCUCUCUCGGUUUCCCAAGCUUGCUUCUGUCUCUCGACUCAAUUCGCUUUUAAAAGAGGGACACUCAUUGACAGAAGAAGAAAUGGUGAGUGCUUUAGCAGAGCUGUUUCUGCACCCAAAUUAUACAAUCCCAUUAAUGGGAUGUUUCCGUUGUAUCGCUCAGCAAAUUGUGGAGAGGGCCGUGGCAUUGCUUCACUUGGUACCUGAUUUAAGGUCCAAUUCCGAUGGAUCCAUAGUGGAAUUUGAUGAAGACAAAAUUUUCGGAGAUGAUGUGGCUGGUGUUAUUAAUUUUUAUGUUAGAAGUGGAAGGGCCUUAAUUCUUCACGAGCUUGCCUGUCUGGCCUUCUGCCGAGCCCUUGAUUUGGCACCUUUUCUAUUGGGGUCUGUGUUAAGCUAUUUUAAAUUUGCUCCUUCUCCUUUUGAACGGAUUAUGCAGAGAAAAUAUGUUUCUGAGUUAUCAACAAUGGUGGGAACCCAGUAUUUAUUAAAUGUUAUCCGAGCAUCAUACCGCCUUCUUUUGGCUCAGUCUGAAGUUUUUGCCACACUCUGGGACUGGUCCUGUUUUUUAGAUGUUGUACAGCAUACUGCAGAUUUUGACCCAGGUGAUAAUGCAGAGAUGUUGAGGAAUGUUUCAGACAUGAGAUGGUGUGGGAUACAGAUCCUGUCAAUAGUUCUCAAAAUAAGUGAUAGAGCAACUGCCAACUUUGGUCUUGGGCCUGAUGAGGCAUUUUCAUGUUUUUUGCGCUGGCAGGAAUUUUGUCAAGAUGUAUCAUUAGAAAAGGCUGGGUGGCAUCUUGAAGCAUUUGAUCAUGAAAAGUCUGAUACUGUGGACGGAAAUAUUGAUUUCAAUCAAGAAUAUAGUCUUCGUACUUUUGCUCCUGCUUCACCGGCUCUUUCCUUUUCAAAGUUUCAUGAGAUUGAGCCGUCAAAUAAGAAUAGAAGGUUGGCAACACGGAAUGUGACAUCCAUGCAAAAUCCUUUCGUUUUGACAUCUGCUAUGAAGAAAAGUUUUGAGAUAGUUCGGUUGGCAGUGAGCCAAAAGUGGCCUGUUCUUCUGUAUGGUCCUGCUGGCAUGGGGAAAACAAAACUAAUUAGCAAGUUAGCUAUGGAUAGUGGAAGUCAAGUUCUAUCCAUUCACAUGGAUGAACAAAUUGAUGGAAAAACAUUGAUAGGAAGUUAUGUGUGUACGGAGAAACCUGGUGAAUUUAGAUGGCAGCCUGGUUCUCUUACACAGGCUGUUCUCAAUGGAUUUUGGGUUGUCUUUGAGGAUAUUGAUAAAGCACCCUCUGAUGUACAAUCCAUCUUGUUACCUUUGUUGGAAGGUGCAAGUUCAUUUUUUACUGGUCAUGGGGAGGCAAUUAGGGUGGCAGAAGGUUUUCAAUUAUUUUCCACAAUAUCAAGCAUAAAUCUUAAUAUAUCUCAUGCUAUAGAAGGUCGGAACGCUCUUGGUGCUCUUUGGAGGAGAGUGAUGAUUGGACCCCCAAGUAAUGAUGACUUGAUAAGCAUAGUGAAAGCACAGUAUCCAGAUUUGGAGCAUCUUGCUGAAAAACUCAUCGAGACCUUUGAAAGAGUUAAUCAGCUGGCAAGCUUUCAGUUUGGAACUUCUGCUUCUUGCAGUUCUCUCGGCAGAUUCUCCUUAAGGGAUCUGUUGAAAUGGUGCAAGAGAAUUGCUGCUUUGGGUUUUAGCUUUGGUGUGGAUGGGUUUUCAAGUUCUGUGUGUAGUAGCAUUUAUCAAGAGGCUGUAGAUAUUUUCGCAUCUUUCACAACCUCUGCCAAUAAUCGUCUGACUAUCAUGAAAUAUAUUGCAAAGACGUGGGCAGUGCCAAUUUCUGCUGCAGAGACUUUAUAUCCUGUUAAUAAACCUGUUAUCCAGGAAUUGCAUUCUGAUUUACAUAUUGGACGAAUUACCCUCCAUCGUGCUGAGAGCACAUUUCGAUAUGAAAGAAAACCCUUUGUUGAAAUUCGUAGUUCAAUACAUGUCCUUGAGAGGAUAGCUUGCUCUGUUAAGUUCAAUGAGCCUGUUCUUUUGGUUGGUGAAACUGGCACUGGGAAGACCACUCUUGUACAGAGUCUGGCCUUGAGACUUGGUCAGAAACUUACUGUUUUGAACUUAAGCCAGCAAAGUGAUGUUGCUGAUUUGCUAGGAGGAUUUAAACCUAUGAAUGCACAGUUUCUAUGCAUUCCUCUUUAUAUGGAGUUUGAGAAUCUUUUCACCACUACAUUUUCUUCAAAGGAUAAUGAGGAUUUUCUUGUUCGUUUGAAGAAAUUUGUGAACGACAAGAAUUGGAAGAAGUUAUUAAGUGGAUUUCGAAAGGGUGUCCAGAAGAUACUUGAAAUAGGAAGAUCUGGGUCUGGUACCAAGCGAAAGAGACCUUUAAGGGAAGAAUUACUGAAAGCUUGGGAGGAUUUUUCUUUGAAACUUGAAAGUGCUCGUGCGCAAAUCAAUGAUUCAUCCGGAAUGAUAUUUUCAUUUGUAGAGGGAGCUUUUGUAACUGCUCUUCGAAAUGGUGAGUGGAUUUUGCUUGAUGAGAUGAAUUUGGCUCCUCCAGAGACCUUACAGAGAGUUAUUGGCGUUCUUGAAGAAGAGAAUGGUUCACUUUGUUUAGCUGAAAGAGGGGAUGCUGAUUAUAUCUACAGACAUCCCAACUUCCGUAUAUUUGCUUGCAUGAAUCCUGCCACUGAUGCUGGGAAGAGAGAUUUGCCCUACUUGUUACGUAGUAGAUUUACUGAAUACUUUGUUGAUGAUGUGCUAGAUGAUGAAGAUUUAAUUCUGUUUAUAAAUCAGUUUGUGGAUGAUGGCCAUUCGAAUAUUGAGCUAGUAAAGAAAAUAGUCCAUUUUUAUAAAGCUGCUAAGAAGAAAUCUGAAGAAAGGCUGCAAGAUGGGGCCAAUCAGAAGCCCCAAUAUAGUUUAAGAUCUCUUUACCGUGCGCUAGAGUACACAAAGAAAGCGAGAAGACAUUUUGGAUUUCAGAAGGCCCUUUAUGAUGGAUUUUGUAUGUUUUUCUUGACUUUAUUAGAUGAACCUAGUGCUAAGUUAAUGAACCAAAUGAUAUCAUCAUAUUUGUUAGGGGGAAAUAUACCGCCACCUGUCUCUUUUGAUGGUUACCUGAUGAAAAGAGGAAACGCAACAUUGGAUAAUUUAUUGGAGAACUAUGUUCUGACUAAAAGCGUUAAGGAGCACCUCAGGAACUUGGCACGAGCUAUAUUUGUUGGAAGAUAUCCUGUUCUUCUACAAGGGCCUACGUCUAGCGGGAAGACUAGCCUUGUUCAGUAUCUUGCUGCAAUAACUGGUCAUGAAUUUGUGCGGAUCAAUAAUCAUGAACACACAGAUCUGCAGGAAUAUCUAGGUUCUUACAUCACUGAUGCUAGUGGGAGGCUCGCAUUCCAUGAAGGUGUGUUGGUUAAGGCUGUUAGGAAUGGACAUUGGAUAGUUCUGGACGAGCUUAACCUGGCUCCAUCUGAUGUGCUGGAAGCAUUGAACCGGUUGCUAGACGACAAUAGGGAACUAUUUGUACCUGAAUUACAGGAAACUGUUCGUGCUCAUCCUGAUUUUAUGCUGUUUGCUACUCAAAAUCCACCUACUUUUUAUGGUGGGCGUAAAAUGCUUUCUCGAGCAUUUCGCAACCGUUUUGUGGAGAUCCAUGUUGAUGAAAUUCCUGAAGCAGAGUUAAGUGAAAUAUUGGAGAAGAGGUGCAAAAUUCCUGCAAGCUAUGCCAGGAAAAUGGUUGAAAAAGUCAUGAAGGAGUUGCAGUUGCAGAGGCAGAGUAGUAAAGUUUUUUCUGGGAAACAUGGAUUUAUUACCCCACGUGACUUGUUUCGGUGGGCUGAUCGUUUCAGGACAUUUGGGAAAACCUAUGAAGAUUUAGCCAGAGACGGUUAUUUUUUGUUGGCAGAGAGGCUGAGAGAUGAUUGUGAGAAAACUGUGGUUCAAGAAGUUCUGCAGAGACAGCUCGGCGUUAAACUUGACAGGGAUGACUUGUACAAGCAGGAUCCAGCAGAAAGGGAAAAGUUUUUGAACCUAUGUGAAUCUUCAGGAGUUUCUCAGUAUCUUGGAAAAAUUGCGUGGACUGAAAGUAUGUGGAGGUUGUACUUUCUUAUAGAGCGUUGUUACAAGAUGCAUGAGCCUGUCCUCCUCAUUGGUGAAACUGGUUGUGGGAAGACAACUGUUUGCCAGUUACUUAGCAUCGUGUUAGGCUCCAAAUUACACAUUUUGAAUUGCCAUCAGUACACGGAAACAUCUGAUUUCCUUGGGGGGUUUUAUCCUGUACGAGAGAGAUCAAGACUUGCUUCGGAGUUCAAAAAUCUAUGUGAACAAUUAAUGCUGUCGAAGGCUUUUGUUCACUUCCCUGGUACUGCUAAAAUAUCUACAGAUAUUGGUCAAGCCACUUCAACUAUUGAUCAGCUAGGUGUAAUUAUAAAUAGUUAUAGACAGGGUCUGGUCUCUCAUCCUGAUGCUACUCCACAAGAUCUUGAUUCACUUGAACAACUGAAUCUGGACCUAGCUCAGCUACAGCAGAAGUGGCAGACCAUUUUUAUGUGGCAAGAUGGACCGCUUGUUGAAGCAAUGAGGAACGGCGAUCUCUUUCUCGUGGAUGAAAUUUCUUUGGCAGAUGACAGUGUACUCGAAAGAUUAAACAGCGUCUUGGAGCCGGAAAGGAAACUGUCUUUGGCUGAGAAAGGAGGUUCUGAUCUUGAGAAAAUAACUGCUCAUCCGAACUUUUUCCUUCUUGCAACAAUGAAUCCUGGUGGUGAUUUUGGUAAGAAGGAACUAUCUCCUGCCCUUCGCAAUCGGUUUACUGAGAUAUGGGUUCCUCCUGUCAACAACGUAAAUGAGCUCAGAACUAUAGCUCUACGGAGAAUUUCGAACCCAGACCUAUCAUGCGUUGUAGAUCCUAUGCUGAAUUUCUGGGAGUGGUUCAAUCAGUUACAAACAGGGAGAAUGCUUACUGUCAGAGAUCUUUUGUCCUGGAUAGCUUUUAUCAAUGCAACUGAGGGAAAUUUACAACCUGCAGAUGCAUUCUUACAAGGGGCUUUCCUUGUUUUGCUUGAUGGACUAAGUUUAGGUACGGGUAUUUUGAAAAGUGAUGCCGGAGAGUUGAGGGAGAGAUGCUUGUCCUUUCUUCUGGAACAACUAAAGAUGGCCAAUUCUACUUCGGGUAACUCAAACCUUCUCAUAAUGGAAAACUCUGGUUGGGGUGAUGUCGGAAUUUCUACAGAUAUUUCAUGCGGUUAUAACAUGCAAUGUGACAAUCUCUUUGGAAUCCAUCCUUUCUACAUUGCAAAAGGUGAUGAUCCUUUUGAGAUUGAGCAGUUUGAGUUUUUGGCGCCAACCACUCGCAAAAAUGCCUUGCGGGUUCUGCGGGCUUUGCAGCUUCCAAAGCCUGUUUUGUUGGAGGGAAGUCCAGGCGUUGGAAAAACAAGUUUAAUUGUAGCCCUUGGCAAAUUUUCUGGGCAUACGGUUGUACGGAUAAACUUAUCUGAGCAGACUGACAUAAUGGAUUUAUUGGGCUCAGACUUACCAGUUGAGAGUGACGAAGGAAUACAGUUUGCAUGGCAUGAUGGAAUCCUUCUGCAGGCUCUAAAGAAGGGAUCUUGGGUUCUGCUGGAUGAACUUAAUCUUGCUCCACAGUCUGUUUUAGAGGGUUUAAAUGCAAUCUUAGACCAUCGAGCUGAGGUUUUCAUCCCGGAGUUGGGUGUUACUUUUAAGUGCCCAUCAUCAUUCAGAGUUUUUGCAUGUCAGAAUCCUUCUUAUCAGGGUGGAGGCCGUAAAGGGCUUCCAAAGUCCUUCCUUAACCGUUUUACGAAGGUUUAUGUGGACGAGUUGACCGAGGAUGACUAUCUUUUCAUCUGUAGUUCACUCUAUUCCUCAAUUCCAAAGCCCUUGCUUUCCAAGUUAAUUUUAUUUAAUAAGCGACUACAUGAGGACAUUAUGUUAUAUCAUAAAUUCGCUCAAGUGGGUUCCCCUUGGGAGUUUAACCUACGAGAUGUGAUUCGUUCUUGCCAAAUUAUACAAGGUGCACCUGAAAGAUCAAAAAUUGACUGUUUCCUCAACACUAUAUAUGUUCAAAGAAUGCGUACAGCAGCUGACCGUAGAAAAGUUGUCCAACUUUAUGAGGAAGUAUUUGGACAAGUGCCAUUUUUGACUCCCUACCCACGAGUGCAACUCAAUCCUCAGUAUUUGGUUGUUGGCAACACUCACAUCAGAAGGAAUCAUUUUCAGUCAUCUAAAAACAGUGAGCUUAAAAUUUUGCCUGGAAUACGGCAUAGCUUGGAGGCUGCUGCACUUUGUGUACAGAAUGAAUGGUUGUGCAUAUUGGUUGGUCCUUCAUCUUCUGGCAAGACUUCAUUGAUAAGGUUGCUUGCCCAGCUUACUGGCAAUGUACUAAAUGAGAUAAAUCUUUCGUCUGCAUCAGACAUAUCUGAGUUACUUGGAUGCUUUGAGCAAUAUAAUGCCUUCCGCCAUUAUCAAUUUGCUGUUACUCGAAUUGAGUGUUAUGUGAAUGAGUACUGCAGCUUGCAACUGGAAUCUUCAGUGAAGGAAUUCAUAGAGAGAAGAAAAGAUGUAAUUACCUGUUGGCUUGCCUUCCUAUCAAGCAUUGGUAGAGGUCCCAUGACUACUACUUCUUCCUCAUACACUGAUAAUUGUAAGUCAAGGACCUUUGGUUCUAUUCAUUUGUUAGUUGAGAUAAUUGAGCAUCUAGAGUUGGACAUGGAGUCAAACAGAUUGCCCGUAUCAUGGUCAUGCAAGGAUCUGGAUAGAAUUCUGAAAAUUAUAAAGUUGCACGAGGAACACAGCCAAAGGCUAUAUUCAGCAAAAUUUGAAUGGGUAACCGGAGUACUGGUAAAGGCUGUUGAAAAUGGUGAAUGGAUUGUUUUAGAGAAUGCAAAUCUUUGCAAUCCCACGGUUCUUGAUAGGAUCAACUCUUUGGUUGAACCGCGUGGAUCAAUCACAAUUAAUGAGUGUGGAAGUGUAGAUGGCAAGCCAUUGGUUCUUCAUCCCCAUCCCCAAUUUCGGAUGUUUCUCACAGUUGACCCUAGCUAUGGUGAAGUGUCCCGGGCAAUGCGAAAUAGAGGGGUUGAAAUAUAUAUGAUGCAGCCAUGCUGGCUGCUUGAUGGUGGAGGUGGUGACCGUUGUGUUGAGAGUGAACUUAAAGAUGUGAAAAGAUUUCUCAUUCUCUCAGGUAUUCCUAUGGGUAUGAUGGUUGAUUCGAUGGCCAAAGCCCACAUCUAUGCUAGAGUUGAAGGAUUGCGCCUUGAUAUUAAGAUUACAUAUCUUGAGCUUGCGCGUUGGGUGCAGUUAUUCCAGCGGCUUCUCACCAAUGGGAAUUGGCCUGAAUGUAGCCUCCAAAUAAGUUGGGAACAUACAUAUCUUUCAUCUCUCGGUGAGGCUGAAGGAAAAGAUAUUGUUAGUCAUGUGAUAAUUUCUUAUCUAUCAAUGGAUGAACUCUACAAAUUUGAGUCGUCUCCAGGACGUUCAUUGUGUCUACCGGGAGGAUGGCCAACUCCGUUGAAACUAAGAGAUUAUGUAUGUUACUCAAAAGAAGUUUCUGUCAAACAAAAUUGCUUGUAUCUGGAGUUUUUGGGGUCUCAGAAUGCAUCUCAUAUAUUUCAUUCUGCUUGGGAUCGGAGCCCAGUGGAACAAGCUCUAAGUGCGAUUGGAUCUAUGGGGCCUUACUUGAUGGAUAUGAAGAUAUUGCAUGUUAUGAUGUUUCCAAACUUUGCACAUGAGUUUACUUCUAAGUAUGGUGGGCAGAUAGAAAUUGAUUCGGCACUUGCUGGAAAAAAGCUUUUGUUUGCUGCCAACUGGACAAUUGAACAGGCCACUGAAAAUGAUUUAGAGUUAUACCUUCUCUGGUUUAGUUGGUUUGCUUCUCAGGUACAGCCUUUUUGCAAGUUCUUUAGUUCUUUUCUGAAUCUACUUAAACAGGAGCUCAAGCAUCGUAUCUGGAAUUGUAUUGUGCGUUGCCGCCAUGAGCUUCUGUCUCAUAAUCAAGUAAAUUUAGACUCCAGGCCAAUACCAAUGCUUUCCACGGAAGUAGUUGAUUUAUUUGCAUCAAAUGACAUGUCAAAAUCCUCCAGUGAACUUCUCUGUAAAGCGAUUAACUGUGCAGGCCUAUUAAGGGCUAGCUUUCAACAAUGGAAUGCUGAGAGUGAACAUGACUACUGUGACGAAAAUCAGUGUUUUAUAUCUGUUUUGGAAUCUCUAAGAAGGGUGGAAGAGAAAGUGCUUGAUAUACUGGUUGAGUCGCCUUCUUUCGAUUUGCUUUUUCAAAUAUACACAGACCUCCUUGAAGAUCACAUAUCAUUUUGGAAUGGCAUCACCUUGUCACAGUUUGAGAUGUCUUUAAUUUCUUGGCGUUCUUUGACAAAGAAUGCAUCAAAAUUGCAGAAAUUCUGUCCAAAAGAAGUUGCAGGUUUACAGGUGGAAGGCAAGAAUUUGGGUAGUGUUUCAUCUUGGUGUCUCCAUUCACAAAAGUCCUUGCUAUGGGUUCAUGGAGGCCAUCCAUUUUUGCCUUCUUCUGCUGAUUUAUAUCAGAAGCAGCGACAGAUUUUAAACCUUUGUGAAUUGCUUUGGCCGAGAAACACAAAAUCGUUGAGGCAAGUAGCUGUGAAUGGUUCUAUUAUUGAGGCUGCUGUAUCAUCAAAUACUGAACUUCGCUCCCUUGCAAUGCAAGGUAUAAUCUUCACAUUCUUUAGAAACUAUUCUCACUCAUUUGACUUAGUGAACUCCCACUGCUAUUUGUAAGUUUGUGACUUAUUU